AAAGGUUUUUUUUUAAUAUUAUUAUUUAACCAGGUAACAGGAGGCUCCAGUGGUAUUGGUAAAUGUAUUGCUAUUGAGUGUUACAAGCAAGGUGCUUUUAUAACGCUGGUGGCACGAGAUGAGCGCAAACUGCUACAAGCAAAAAAGGAGAUUGAAAAACAUGCUAUUAAUGAUAAACAGGUAGUACUGUGCAUAUCUGUUGAUGUGUCCAAGGACUAUAGUCAAGUUGAAUAUGUCAUUAAACAAGCUCAAGAAAAACUGGGGCCAGUUGACAUGCUAGUGAACUGUGCUGGGAUAACAGUGGCUGCAAAGUUUGAAGAGGUUGAUGUGGAUUGCUUCAAGAGAUUGAUGGAGGUCAAUUACCUGGGCAGUGUGUAUCCAACAAGGGCAGUGAUUCCUACCAUGAAAGAGAGGAGGAUGGGAAGGAUCAUGUUUGUGUCCUCGCAGGCUGGGCAGCUAGGCUUGUUUGGGUACACUGCUUAUUCACCGUCCAAAUUUGCCGUUCGUGGAUUGGCUGAAUCCCUGCAGAUGGAGGUAUAUUUAAAUAUGUUCUGACAACCUUAAUGUAUUGGUCAGAAGUACUAAGCUUUCAUCAUCUAAUACUGUUUCAUAAGAGUAAUCCUUCAGGGUCAAUUGCAGCAUACCAGUGUCUUAGUCCACAUCAAGUGGACUAAAAUGCAGACUAGAAGGUCCUGCAAAUCUGUACUAACUUAAUCCUGAUUGCAGUGUACCGAGUAAUUGGUUUAACUGAUCAGAACAAGUUAGACCGAUAAUGAGGACUAACCUACAGCUACGGCCUAUAGUCACCAUAUAGAAUUAACACAUUUUGCUUCAUAAAGUAAAAUUAAACUUGCUGAAUAAUGUUAAUUUAAAA